GUGAUCCGUUCUGCUGCUGACUGGUCGGCUGGCAUUAAAUACCACGAGGAGUCCAUCCACAACGCCUACGUCAGCGUGAUAGAGAACAGCAAGCACUACAUUUACAUUGAAAACCAGUUUUUUAUUAGCUGUGCUGAUGACAAAGUUGUCUGGAACAAGAUCGGCGAUGCGAUUGCUCAGAGGAUUCUUAAAGCUCACAGGGAAAACAAGCGUUUCCGAGUGUACGUGGUGAUCCCACUGCUGCCUGGGUUUGAAGGUGACAUUUCGACUGGCGGGGGGAACGCGCUGCAGGCCAUAAUGCACUUCAACUACAGGACCAUGUGUCGAGGAGAAAACUCCAUCCUGGGCCAGCUGAAGACAGAGGUGGGAGAUAAGUGGAUAAACUACAUCUCCUUCUGUGGACUUCGAACAUAUGCAGAGUUGGAAGGAAAACUGGUGACGGAGCUCAUCUAUGUUCACAGCAAACUGCUUAUUGCUGAUGACAACACAGUUAUAAUUGGCUCUGCCAACAUCAACGACCGCAGCAUGCUGGGGAAGCGGGACAGCGAGAUUGCCAUCAUCGUGCAGGACACCGAGACCGUCCCCUCCAUGAUGGAUGGGGCAGAAUACAGCGCUGGGAAGUUUGCCCUGUCCCUCCGGCUGCGGUGCUUCAGGAUUGUCCUUGGGGGCUCUGAUCUCAAUCCAGAACACCAGGAUCCUGUUUGUGACAAAUUCUUCAAGGAGGUGUGGAUUUCCACGGCAGCUCGCAAUGCCACCAUCUUUGACAAGGUUUUUCGAUGCCUUCCCAGUGACCAGGUGAAUAAUUUAACCCAACUGCGUGAUUUCAUCAACAAGCCCAAAUUAGCAAAUGAUGAUCCUGCAAAAGCAGCAGAAGAAUUAAAAAAGAUUCGGGGGUUUUUAGUACAAUUCCCCUUCCGUUUUUUGGAGGAAGAGUACUUGCUUCCCUCUGUUGGAACAAAGGAGUCCAUGGUACCCAUGGAGGUUUGGACUUAA